AAUAAACUUUUUAUAUUUCAUAUACUAUAUAUCAAAUUUAACAGUAGUAUCUAUACAUUUAAAAAUUCAAAGUUUGAAAACGCAAAUUAGAAUUGAAAAUGCCUAAAACAACGUCGCUUAAUACUAAAAAUAUUAUUAUUAUUAUAGCAAUACUGAUGUGUUUUGUAUCAAUCGGGUAUGGAAUUUACGAAUACUGGAAGAGAUAUUCAUCACAGUCUGAUAUAGUACAGUCAAAAAACAUUCAAAUAAUUAAAUUAGAACUGAAUAAACUAGAAAGCCUUACACCUAGGACAGAUGACUCUGAAAAAGUUGACAAAUAUAUAGCUAAUCAUGACAAUUUUCUCGUUGAAGCAAAUUUAGAUUGGGGUAGUGAUGAUUCUGAUAAAUUUGUACUAUUGUGUGACUUUGCAACGCGAAUGCUCAAGUAUUAUAAUGGAAAACCUGAAUCAAAAAAAUAUUUGGAUAUCGCUAAUUUUAUAAUACUGAAAAUAAACGACCGUGUUUUCAAAACCAGCUAUACUGUUAUCACAAAGGACACUUCAUAUAAAACACUAAUUUAUUUAACAAGAUUACUUAAUACAUUUGAAUAUUUAGCUAAAGAUAUAUAUCCUGUGACCAAAAAUAUUUGUCAUAAUCAAAUACUUUAUUUGAUGCCAGAAUAUAAUAAAGUGUAUCAAGAUACAUCAGUAAGUGCCCAUUUGAAAAACGAGCAAGUUAUUUACACAAUUAUACCGAGAUUAUUAACAAACAUGAAAUCCGACAAAACAUUAUACAAUUAUGAUGUAAACAAACAAAAAGUGUUAGAGGAAUUAAAAACCCAAUUCAAUGUUCUCAAAAAAUCGCCAGAAAAAGCUAGUAACUUUAUUUUAAUGGACUAUCAUUUGGGAAUAUAUGAAGGAUUGAUAUGAUGAAAUUAAAAUGAUUGUAAUCAACAAAUUAAUCUAACAAUCGGACCAUAAAUUUGAAAAUAUUGUAAAAAAAUUUUAUUUUUU